AUGGCGAACCGGUGGAACCGCAAUAGCUGGACUGAAGACGACCAGUUCCUCAAGAACUUCAGCGUGGGCUUCGACCAACCGUACUCGCACUCCAGCUUGCGCGGCGGUCGGGACCCGUACACUCGGACUGGAAGGCUGUCCAUCCCUGAUCUUCCCGAAGUGAAGCAGCGGCUUCACCGCAUCAUUGCGAAGAAGUUCACAGAAAUGCGCCCACUAUGCUGGGUAGAGAUGCACACGCCGUAUUACCCCUUCUACGAAGAUAUCGAUAUCAUUGGCACCAACUGCAAGGAAGACGACCCUCCCGAAAGCUUGCUGAUGAACUCGAAGGAGUUCUGGAACUUGCGUGCCGAGAUCUUGCAUCAGUUAUUCCCGGAGGUACGAUGUCUCGAGUUGACGCUUUACAAAGCUAGCGGCUGGAACGUCCAGAAAGGCAUCAACAAAGCCUCCUUCCAUACGGUGUGGAGUCAGCUCAUCGUGGACAAGGAGAGAGCCGAGACAGUCCGCAAGACGACGGUGUCGGAGUUCGAGCGCCUUUCCGUCAAUGGCCCGCUGAAGGAGCUGGCGAAGCGCCUCAAGCGGGUGAAUGAUUGCAACUCGUGGAACGCCAUCUUCGACGUCACAUCUGUAAAUGGAGGAUCGUGCAGGAUGCCCUUCAACGACAAGAUCGCCAAUGGAGAGCCGGAGGGCCGGCCGAUCUUACCUGUGGGCGUGUGGACGUUCACCUUCGACGACCGCCACGACGAGCCAUGGUUCCAGCAGGUUCAUGUUCCAGGAGACUUGCGGGCUGAAGAAUGGCUCGAGCGGGGCACCGUCCGAGUUCCUCCCGACAGGGCACUCACGCAGUUUCGCGCGCUGAAAAGCGGCUGGAAGACCGCACCGCCUGCGGAUAUGUGGAAGCCCUCGCCCUAUAGCAGUCAUCGGCAAAGGCAGAACAAAGGUGCGAAGAAGAUGAAAUCGCAGGCCGACAAGUGGGAGGCACAGCAGAGACGGAGGCGGCGCUAUUUCAAUGGCACACCUCAGAAGUUCAAGUGGUGGAUCGGGAACAGCACAUCCGAGUCCCUGUGCAGCUUCGCAGCAGAUUGGCUACUCGGGGACGAACAUGGUCUAGAAAGCACGCUGCUCCCCAAAGCGCAUCAGCGCACGGGCAAGAAGUGGUGUUGGUCUUCCAAACGCCUGAAAGGAGCCGUUGAAAUCUCCGAAGAAGGCGAAGUGUUCAUACAAGGCAACGAAGCCCAGCAGAAUGAGUUGCUCCAACUGGUGCGCCAAUUUACCGAGGAGUGGACCGGGCCUACCCCAAAGGCGACCAAGAAAGUGCUGCAGAACAUUCAGAACCGGAGGAACGCAGCUGCUGGACGGAGGUAG